GGUGAAGCGUAAGCGCCCGCCGGCACGGAGGGGAGGCCCCAGCGGUGGGCGCCUGUUCCCAAGGCCGCGCGGAGGGAGGGGGCCAGCCCAGCCCGACUCGGCCGAGCUCCCGGGAGGCCACCAGUGGCCACAGCAAGAAGGCGGGAGCGCCAGGGGAGGGGCCUGGGGGAAGAGCGGGAGGGGUGGGCGGAAGGAGGAGAGGGAGGAGGAAAGACCCGCGGGUACGAGCUGGGAGGAGACACCCGGGAGAAGGCGGAGGAAAGGGCAGGAAGCGGGAGGGAACUGAAAAGAGGAGGAGGCUGAGGGGCGGAGCCGGGGGCUCCGGGAGAGAAGCCAGCGGAGGGGGUGGAGCCGGGCCCGGGGCGGAGCCGGGGAAGGGGAGGAGCCGGGGGAGAGGCCUCUACGGCCGCCACCGCUGCCGCCGGGGCGCGUUCUCCUGCUACCGGUCGGGUCCCCUGGGGCGUUCCCUCGGCUGCUGCUCCUCGGCGCGGUUCCUACCCGGCCGCUCCCCGAGGCGCGGGCUCUGGCGGCCGCGACCGACUAGGAAGCCCCGUGCGCCGCCCGCGGGCCGCCGCCUCCCUGGGCGCGCGGGGCUGGCAUGGAGCUCUUCCAAGCCAAGGACCACUACAUCCUGCAGCAGGGCGAGCGCGCGCUGUGGUGCAGCCGCCGCGACGGCGGCCUCCAGCUCCGACCCGCUACUGAUCUACUUCUUGCCUGGAAUCCCAUUUGUUUGGGGUUGGUAGAAGGUGUUAUUGGAAAAAUUCAACUUCAUUCAGUGCGAAUACAGACUCUUCUGUGAUGCUUUGAGCAUAAUCUGCAGAAGCUCUUCAAGAAAUCCUUGUAUUUGAAUAUUAUGCUACAAAAGACUUUGGAGUAUAUAGUAUGCACCUCUGUCUUUGGAUCUUCCGUGGUGGCUUAUUCUAAUUCGGCAGAAAGCAUUGGUGGGCAAACUCCCAGGAGACCAUGAGGUCUGUAAAGUUACCAAAAUUGCUGUGCUGUCACUUUCUGAAAUGGAACCUCAGGAUCUUGAGCUAGAGCUCUGUAAGAAGCAUCAUUUUGGUAUUAACAAACCAGAGAAGAUUAUACCAUCUCCUGAUGACUCAAAGUUUCUACUGAAGACCUUUACGCAUAUUAAAUCCAAUGUGUCUGCUCCUAAUAAAAAGAAAGUUAAGGAAAGUAAAGAGAAGGAGAAGUUGGAGAGGAGAUUGCUUGAAGAGUUGCUGAAGAUGUUCAUGGACUCGGAAUCCUUUUAUUAUAGCUUGACCUAUGACCUGACCAAUUCGGUGCAGAGGCAGAGCACUGGGGAGAGGGAUGGUCGGCCCCUCUGGCAGAAGGUUGAUGACCGAUUUUUUUGGAAUAAAUACAUGAUACAAGAUCUUACUGAGAUUGGUACCCCAGAUGUGAACUUUUGGAUUAUCCCCAUGAUCCAAGGUUUCGUACAGAUUGAAGAACUUGUGGUUAAUUAUACCGAAUCAUCUGAUGAUGAGAAAAGCAGCCCGGAGACCCCCCCUCAGGAGUCCACCUGUGUAGAUGAUAUUCACCCACGAUUUCUAGUGGCUCUCAUUUCACGCCGAAGUAGGCACAGAGCAGGAAUGCGCUAUAAACGAAGAGGAGUGGAUAAAAAUGGAAAUGUUGCAAAUUAUGUGGAGACUGAGCAGUUAAUUCAUGUUCAUAAUCAUACCCUGUCGUUUGUUCAAACACGAGGCUCUGUGCCUGUCUUUUGGAGCCAGGUUGGGUAUCGAUAUAAUCCAAGACCGCGGCUGGACAAAAGUGAAAAGGAAACUGUUGCCUAUUUCUGUGCCCAUUUCGAAGAACAACUGAACAUUUACAAAAAACAGGUUAUUAUUAACUUGGUAGACCAGGCAGGAAGAGAGAAGAUUAUUGGCGAUGCUUACCUGAAGCAAGUGUUGCUUUUCAAUAACUCACACCUCACUUACGUUUCCUUUGACUUCCAUGAGCACUGCCGAGGAAUGAAGUUUGAGAAUGUUCAGACCCUAACAGAUGCCAUUUAUGACAUUAUUCUUGAUAUGAAGUGGUGUUGGGUUGAUGAAGCUGGGGUAAUAUGUAAGCAGGAAGGGAUUUUUCGUGUUAAUUGUAUGGACUGCCUGGAUCGCACCAACGUGGUCCAAGCUGCCAUCGCGAGAGUGGUCAUGGAACAGCAGCUGAAAAAAUUAGGUGUGAUGCCCCCGGAACAGCCAUUACCUGUGAAAUGUAAUCGCAUCUACCAGAUAAUGUGGGCCAAUAAUGGUGACUCCAUUAGCAGACAGUAUGCUGGGACAGCUGCUCUGAAGGGUGACUUUACAAGGACAGGAGAAAGGAAGUUAGCAGGAGUUAUGAAAGAUGGAGUGAACUCAGCAAACAGAUAUUACCUCAACCGAUUUAAGGAUGCUUAUAGGCAAGCUGUUAUAGAUUUGAUGCAAGGCAUUCCAGUGACAGAAGAUCUUUAUUCCAUAUUUACCAAGGAGAAAGAACAUGAAGCUUUGCAUAAGGAAAAUCAGAGAAGCCACCAGGAACUAAUUAGCCAGCUCUUACAAAGUUACAUGAAGUUACUACUGCCUGAUGAUGAGAAGUUCCAUGGGGGCUGGGCCCUCAUUGACUGUGACCCCAGCCUCAUUGAUGCUACUCACAGAGAUGUGGAUGUGCUGUUACUGCUUUCUAACUCUGCCUACUACGUGGCCUAUUAUGAUGAUGAAGUUGAUAAAGUAAACCAGUAUCAACGACUAAGUCUAGAAGACCUGGAAAAAAUCGAAAUAGGCCCUGAACCCACUCUUUUUGGUAAGCCAAAGUUCUCCUGCAUGCGACUGCACUACAGAUACAAAGAAGCAAGUGGCUAUUUCCACACACUGCGAGCUGUAAUGCGUAAUCCUGAAGAGGAUGGAAAAGAUACCCUUCAGUGCAUUGCAGAGAUGCUGCAGAUCACCAAGCAAGCCAUGGGAUCGGAUGUACCCAUAAUUGAGAAGAAACUUGAGAGGAAGAGCAGUAAACCUCACGAAGACAUCAUUGGUAUCAGAUCUCAAAACCAAGGUUCUUUGGCCCAGGGAAAGAAUUUUUUAAUGAGCAAAUUUUCAUCUCUAAAUCAAAAAGUGAAGCAGACCAAAUCCAAUGUAAAUAUUGGCAACCUCCGAAAGCUAGGAAACUUUACCAAACCUGAAAUGAAAGUUAACUUUCUAAAACCAAACUUAAAAGUAAAUCUUUGGAAAUCAGACAGUAGUCUUGAAACUAUGGAAAACACAGGAGUGAUGGAUAAAGUUCAGGCAGAGUCUGAUGGGGACAUGUCUUCAGAUAAUGACUCAUACCACUCUGAUGAAUUCCUUACAAAUUCUAAGUCUGAUGAAGACAGGCAGCUAGCUAACUCAUUAGAGAGUGUAGGGCCAGUAGAUUACGUUCUUCCUAGUUGUGGUAUUAUUGCUUCAGCGCCUCGAUUGGGUAGUCGGUCCCAGUCUCUUAGCAGCACAGAUAGUAGCAUUCAUGCUCCUUCAGAGAUAACUGUUGCUCAUGGCAGUGGGCUUGGAAAAGGCCAGGAGUCUCCUUUGAAGAAAAGCCCUUCUGCUGGCAACAUACACAUAUUGACUGGCUUUGCCAAGCCUAUGGAUAUUUACUGCCACAGAUUUGUGCAAGAUGCACAAAACAAAGUGACCCACCUUUCAGAGCCCAGGUCUGUGUCUCAGCAGGCUAGUCAGGGAAGAAAUCAAAUGACCAGUGAAGUUUCAAACGAAGAAACCCAAUCAGAAUCAACAGAACAGACACCUUCUCGGCCAUCUCAAUUAGAUGUCUCUCUCUCUGCAACAGGCCCACAGUUUUUGUCAGUUGAGCCAGCGCAUUCAGUUGCAUCUCAAAAAACCCCCAGCUCCGCUUCCAGCAUGCUUGAACUUGAGACAGGGCUUCACGUAACUCCUUCUCCUUCAGAGAGCAGUAGCAGCAGAGCAGUCUCUCCCUUUGCCAAGAUUCGAAGUUCCAUGGUUCAGGUUGCUAGUAUUACCCAAGCUGGAUUAACCCAUGGGAUAAACUUUGCAGUGGCAAAAGUUCAGAAGAGUCCUGCAGAAUCUGAAGUCAUUAAUCAAGUCCAGCAAAAUGAACUUAAAAAAAUGUUUAUACAAUGCCAGACACGGAUAAUUCAGAUUUAGCUUUUAGCCAUAAGAAUCUUUCCAUGGCUUUUAUUUAAAAAUAUGAAGUUUUUAUCUCUUGGGGUAUUUUAAUUGUACUGUCUGAAUCCAGGGAUCACAAAUUCUGUUCAUUGGAAAGGGUUUUAAAAGGAGUCUGAACCUGAGUAGAUUUCCAGAUUUUAGAGCCAGGACUACAGAAGCGCAUCAUUCUAGAAUGUGUAGACCUGAGUAGCUUAUACACUACAGAGCACUUUGCUUAUUUGAAAGUAAUUCAGCAACAGGUCACUUUGGGAUAAACUGAACCUUUUUUUUGGAGUGGGGUGGGUAGACUACAUUAAGUAGACACAAGGGCUGGACAUGCAGAUGCUUAGGGGAUUAGCAUUUUUCAUAAUUUGUUCUGUUUGUCAGUUCAUUCCUGUGUGUUACCUCUACAAAUUACACAUUUAGUUUUUAGUGACUAACAUGUUACCAAAGCAUUUGAAUAUAAAGCUAUUUUAGUUUUGAUGGCUUAACUAUUCCCUGAGGAGUUGAGGGUUAUUGACACUAAAGAAGUGAAUUCUCAUUUGAUCCUAAUUUCCCCCAUAUUCUACUUGAACACAUUAAAAAUACUCUGCUGCCUACAGUGUAAACCUAGGAAUAUUAAGACUUGUCACACAGUAAACCUGAUACAUCAGAGGUGAAUACCAGCACCUAUUAAAUUCCAUUUUGCUGUUUUCAGGAAUGUAAGAACACACACAUAUUGGCUACUGGAAAUCCCAGAAGUCCGGUUUUCAUUUAUUCCAGGAGGGGCAUCCUCGACAUCUUAUGUAGACGAUCAACAACUUCAAAAUUUAGUCUGGGCCAAGUGCAGUGGCUCACACCUAUAAUCCCAACACUGGGAGGCCAGGAGUUUGAGACCAGCCUGGGAAACAUAUGUCUCUACAAGAAAAUACAAAAAUUAGCUGGGCUUAGUGGUACAUGCCUGUGUUUCUAGCUAUGCAGGAAGAUUGCUUGAGCCCAUGAGGUUGAGGCUGCAGUGAGGUGUGAUUGUGCCACUGAUCUCCAGCCUGGGGGACAGAGCAAGACUGUCUCAAAAAAAAUUUAGUCUGAAGCACAACUGUGCUGAAUCUGUCUGACUAACUCUUGACCACACAGAACCAGGGUUUGUCCCUGUAAUCCCCAUGGUAAAGUUGUACGGCAUAUUCCAAAAAGUAUUGGUUUGUCUGGUAUCUUUAGAGCUUUACUCUGUUGAUGUGAUUGAUUCUCGGCUGAACAUUAUGUCUGUUGUAACUCUGAUAAGCAUUCCACUUUUGUUAUUUAUUAGUGGUAUCUUUUUUUUUACGUGUUAAAUCUUGUGAUUGUUAAAAUAAAGUAUCACUGUAAUUUAAAGUGA